AGAGAGAGUAUCGGCAAACACGUCCCAAACCACCACCGCCUUCCUCUCUCUUCCACCAUCAACUUCCAACACUCGUAAAACUACCCGAAUCUCAAAAAACCCAUAUCCACAAUCUUCUUCUGAAUCUGGGAUUGGAGAUGCCGUUAUUUAAAAGAAAGCCAUUUGCUUUGGCGGAAAAACCAAAGGAUUUGAAGCCGAAUGAACUCGUGUUCCAAGUUCGGUUUACUAAAGAGAUAUUUAGGGAUUAUAGUGAAUAUCUGAGACGAAUAAACCUGUAUCGCCAUAGGGUGUGGACAUGCAAAUUGACAGGAAAGAAUUACUUGACGUAUGAGGAAGCUUUGGUUUCGGAGAAGAAAGCUGCAGAAGAAGUUCAGAAGUUCCCUGAGGAACUAGUGGCUCCAGUUCUUCGCGAUGUGCAAUUCAGUAUGCUCAGUUUAAAAGAUCUUGGGGAUGCUGUUGCUCAAAAAUUACAGGGCUGUCUUUCAGAAGGUAGUGAAUUAUAUGGGAGGAAAAACAAUCAUGUAUAUUCCUGCAAAAUCGAGAGAGUUGUGAAGGAUGGUGAGAAAACUCGUUAUGAGGUUGCAUGGCUAGACAAAUAUGAAAGACUGCCUGAGAAUACAGCCGUCGACGAAGAAGAUCUGAUUAGGUGCAAAUUGCGAUUUAGUAGAGCUUUUCUGAAGUCUUUUAUCAGAGAAUCUACAUAUCGUAGUAUUCCUUGGGUCUUGCAUGAAAAAUUGGCAAAGAAGCAUGGGAUUCCAACUGAUCCCCCAGAUGAUCUUAAAGACCAAUUUUUUAUGCAGGAUGGAGUGGUUGUUGUAAAUAGGAAGAGAAAGAAAAGUGAAGAUAGAGAGGCUAAAGAGAAUGGCUUCCAAGAUCCCUACGAGAUAGGAAGAGAAGACAAACUGAAGGCACAGUCCAUUAGAUAUCCAAUCGAUGAUCUUUUGGUGCAAUACACAGAGUUCGAUAAACAGUUGGCUGAACGCCCUCCUCCAUGCAGGGAAUUUAACGUCCCAAUGGAAUGUGUAGGGGAUCACUUGAUGGUCUGGGAUUUCUGUACCUCAUUUGGCAGGUUAUUGCACCUGUCACCAUUCUCCCUUGAAGAUUUUGAAAGGGCUGUCUGUCAAAAAGGCAGCAAUAUUGUUCUCAUAACUGAAUGUCAUUCAGCCCUUCUUCGUUUUCUUUUGAAAGAUAACAGUGAGUAUUUCAUAGCUGUACAGAAGAAAAGACCAAAGCUGAAGAUUACUUUAGUCACCUGGACAGAGUAUUUGUCUGAUUUUUUGGAAUUGACUGGUAUUGUUGAAUUGUCUAAUCAUGUUGCAACAAUUAAGAGGGGUCACUAUGGCCUUCUAGAUAUUCAGGCCAAAUUGACAAUCUUGCGUGAACUGGUCUGUCGAGUCCUUGAGACAGAGUAUUUUAAGGAGAAGUUGGAUGAGGAUAUUGAAAAGCAGUAUGCACUUGCAGCAACAAGGAGAGAGGAAAUUUUGGAAGAAUCUAGGAAGAAGAGAGAAGACCAUUUGAAAAUCCAGUCUAAUGGGAAGGAAGCAACAAAAGGGCGUGGCAACUCCUCAGAUACUGGGAGUGAUAACCACCUCAGAGAGAAUGGAGAUAUGCCAAGUAGCAAUGGCAAACAGACAUCUCCAUCAAAACAUUCAUUUGAAAACAGUGAGAGUGAGCUAACAAUCUCCUCAUUGAAAAAUUCUAAGAAGAGAAAGGUUGACGUCAAAAAUUCUACAGCAAAGAUGAAUGCUUCCUCUAAGAUUGCUUCUGAUAAAUUGAUAAAGGAUGAAGGGAAGGAAAUGUUAGAAAGCAGGAGUAUGGACCAAAGAGCUGCUCACAAAAUGCGGAAGAAUGAGAUAAAGGAGCAUCUUGAAAACAGGAGUAAGGAGCAAAGGAAAGAAUAUCUUGAACGGGAAAUAGAGAAAAGAGUGAUACGCACCAAUCCAUUGGGAAAGGACCGAGAUUAUAAUAGAUAUUGGUUUUUCCGCCGUGAUGGAAGAAUAUUUGUUGAGAGUUCAGAUUCCGUCGAGUGGGGCUAUUACUCUUCCCAGGAGGAGCUUGAUGCUCUGAUUGGAUCACUGAAUGUCAAGGGUGAAAGGGAGAGGGCUCUUAAAAAGCAACUCGAAAAUCUCUACCACAAAAUAAGCUUGGAACUUCAAAAGAGAUCGAAGGAGGUGGCUCAGAAGGCAGAAACAGACGAUGCUGAUGUUCGGAGAUCAACACGUGUCCGUGCUCCACCAGGAGAUAAUCCUGCUCUUGCCUUCUUGAAGUACGUUAACAAGUGGAAAGAAGACUAACCUAGAAAGUUAGACUAUGGCAACAUACUCUGUUGUUCAGAAUUGGUAUUGUAGUCGCAGCUAACCAUCAUGCCGAGAUGAAUAUAGGGGAAAAGAAAUUUGUCCUGCAUUUUGUUGAAAUGACAGUUCAUUUUUGGCAAUUGAACGCUGGCCAAUGAUAGGAAUGAAAUUUGGUUCUUUUUCAUUUCUGUGAUUAUGGUACAGAUGAAAGGUUACUGUUCCAAUUUUGUAUAUGAUGUUCAUUGGCUGGUUCUAACAUUAGGAUGUUCCUUUAAUAAUUUUGGUUAUCGACAUUUGAUCAUUGUGUUAUGGUGGAAGACUUGCAGUUUUAU